GGGCUGCGCGCACCAACACGAGGUGCGGCAGCGGACCAGCAGGUGAGUCCGCUAGACCACCGGACCCGGAAGGAAAUAAACGAGCGACUCGACUUCGCGUUCAGUGACAUCAGUAGAGCGAUGGAGCACAGAGACCUGCAGCAGGAGCUGGAGGAUCAGUUCAGCCAUGUGGUUUCCAGACUGCAGUUCUUCCAGUCUGACUGGGACAUCGCCUCUUUUGCAGUCUUCUUCAUCUUCAUCGGUAUGAUUCUGCUGCUGGUCAUCCUGGUCCUCAUCCGCUGCUGCUGCUGCUCCUGCUGUGACGACGAGAAGCCUCGCAGACGGAAGGUUGGCAUAGAGAACAUGGCUCUGGAGCCCUGACUGUUGAGCUGCACUCCAGUGUCGUGAAGGUUGAUGACGCAGGAAGCACAGCCUUUAGUUUGACUUUAAUUGUACUGGUCACCAGUCAGCUGAUUUAGUCCACUUACACAGAGAAUGAAUCAUUGUUCACGAGUCCUUUGCUCCCCAGUUAUGGAAAUCUAACACACGUGAUCCUUUUUACUGCCAGUGCUGUGUGUUGCUAGGAUACCACAGAGGAGCUGGAAACUCUCCGUAGAUGUGAAUUUCACUUCCUCCUAUAUUGUUUGUAGAAGGUUUUACUUAGUAAUAAACAUAUUAAAGUAUAUUAAAAGCUUUA